AUCCGAGGCGCGCGUCGCGGAGCGGAGACGCGCACCAUCCUUGUGCGUUCACAAGAGGUGUUGCUGCCGGUGGACGUGGAGCGACGGAGAAGAGCGGAGAAAAAGAGACCAAAACCUCACCGCAGGCGACCAUUCCUUUAAGACUGGUGUCAUUUAACUGAUAUAUAACAUUCGUUUUCAGAUUACUUUCUUUUUUUUUCCCCCUCUCCAAUAUCAAAGCUGCUUAAUAUGUGUUGGAUCUAACGCCUGCAAGGAGGGAAAAAAAAGGGAGACCAGACUCCUCUGGUAGAUGUGGACACCUGAACUGUAGACAUGGGAAAUAUAGUGAAUUUAUUUUUUUCUAUUCUUCUGGUUUUUUGGGUAUGCGCGUUCGGGGGUUCGCCCAGUGUUCAAAUUGGGGGACUUUUUCCAAGGGGCGCGGAUCAAGAGUACAGCGCGUUUCGGAUAGGAAUGGUUCAAUUUGGAACCUCGGAAUUCAGACUGACACCUCAUAUUGAUAAUCUGGAGGUGGCCAACAGUUUCGCGGUCACCAACUGUUUCUGUUCGCAGUUCUCGAGAGGAGUCUACGCCAUAUUUGGGUUCUACGAUAAGAAGUCUGUCAACACCAUUACAUCGUUUUGUGGCACUCUACAUGUCUCCUUCAUAACGCCUAGCUUUCCUCUGGAUGGGAAUCAACAGUUCAUUAUCCAGAUGCGGCCUGAUAUCAGGGGGCCACUCCUCAGCCUUAUUGAGUACUACAAGUGGGACAAGUUUGCCUAUCUAUACGACAGCGAUCGAGGCCUCACCACUCUGCAGGUUGUUCUGGACACAGCAGCUGAAAAGAAGUGGCAGGUGACAGCCAUCAAUGUGGGAAACCUUAAAGAUGAGAGGAAGGAUGAGGCUUACCGCUCACUUUUCCAAGAUCUGGAGAACAAGAAAGAGAGAAGGGUGAUCCUGGACUGUGAACAAGACAAAGUGAAAGACAUCAUGGAGCAGGUCAUCACAAUUGGGCGACAUGUUAAGGGCUAUCACUAUAUCAUUGCUAAUUUGGGUUUUGUUGAUGGAGACCUUUCCAAAAUUCAGUAUGGCGGAGCCAACGUUUCAGGCUUUCAGAUUGUGGAUUUUGAUCAUCCUUUGGUUUCAAAGUUUGACCAACGAUGGGAGGCCCUGGAAGAAAAGGAAUAUCCAGGAGCAGACAGCAAAAUAAGGUAUACAUCAGCUCUGACCUACGAUGCUGUGCAGGUGAUGACGGAAGCCUUCAGAUACCUACAUAAGCAGCGCAUUGACUUUACAAGGAGGGCUAACACAGGGGACUGUUUAGCUAAUCCAGCUGUGCCUUGGGCUCAGGGAGUGGAAAUUGAGCGAGCGCUGAAACAGGUCCGUGUGGAAGGCCUGUCUGGAAAUAUUCAGUUUGAUCAACAUGGCAAGAGAGUCAAUUACUCUGUGAAUAUAAUGGAACUAAAGAGUAAUGGUCCAGUUAAGAUUGGAUACUGGAAUGAAGUCGACAAAAUGGCUGUGACCAAAUCAGAUGUCUUUAGCAACGACACAACAGGAAUGGAAAACAAAACAGUGAUUGUAACCACCAUCUUGGAAGCUCCAUAUGUCAUGCUGAAAAAGAACGCUGACCUUUUUGUGGACAAUGAGCGCUACGAGGGUUACUGCGUUGAUCUGGCUGCAGAGAUAGCAAAGCACUGUGGCUUUAAGUAUCAGCUGAAAAUAGUGGGUGAUGGAAAGUACGGAGCCAGAGAUGCAGAAACCAAAAUCUGGAAUGGAAUGGUUGGAGAGUUGGUGUAUGGGAAAGCAGAUAUAGCAGUGGCCCCGCUGACCAUAACAUUGGUGCGCGAGGAGGUGAUUGACUUCUCCAAGCCCUUCAUGUCUCUGGGAAUCUCCAUCAUGAUCAAAAAGCCUCAGAAAUCUAAACCUGGAGUCUUUUCUUUCUUGGAUCCUCUGGCUUAUGAGAUCUGGAUGUGCAUUGUUUUCGCCUACAUCGGCGUCAGUGUGGUGCUGUUUCUCGUUAGCCGCUUCAGCCCCUAUGAGUGGCACACAGAGGAGUAUGAGGACGGGCAGAUCCAGACCAAUGAAUCGACUAACGAGUUUGGCAUAUUUAACAGCCUGUGGUUCUCACUUGGAGCUUUCAUGAGGCAAGGAUGUGACAUCUCUCCUCGAUCCUUGUCGGGGCGUAUUGUCGGUGGCGUCUGGUGGUUUUUUACUCUAAUCAUCAUCUCCUCCUACACUGCUAACCUGGCUGCCUUUUUGACUGUCGAGAGAAUGGUCUCUCCAAUUGAAAGUGCAGAGGAUCUGGCCAAACAGACUGAGAUAGCAUAUGGAACUCUAGACUCUGGCUCCACAAAAGAGUUUUUUAGGCGCUCCAAAAUUGCCCUCUUUGACAAAAUGUGGACUUACAUGCGCAGUGCAGAGCCCUCUGUGUUUGUGAAAACCACAGCGGAAGGCGUCCAGAGAGUCCGGAAGUCUAAGGGGAAGUAUGCCUACCUACUAGAGUCCACCAUGAAUGAAUACAUCGAGCAGCGAAAGCCGUGUGACACCAUGAAGGUGGGAGGUAACCUGGACUCCAAAGGCUACGGGAUCGCCACGCCCAAAGGAUCCUCAUUAAGAAAUGCGGUUAACCUCGCAGUACUAAAACUGAAUGAGCAAGGCCUGUUGGACAAAUUGAAAAACAAAUGGUGGUACGACAAAGGAGAGUGCGGCAGCGGGGGAGGUGAUUCCAAGGAGAAGACCAGUGCCCUAAGCCUGAGCAACGUGGCUGGGGUCUUCUACAUUCUGGUCGGCGGACUCGGUUUGGCCAUGCUGGUGGCCUUGAUAGAGUUCUGUUACAAGUCCCGAGCCGAGGCGAAACGAAUGAAGGUGGCAAAGAAUGCACAGAAUAUUAACCCAACUUCCUCGCAGAAUUCACAGAAUUUUGCAACUUAUAAGGAAGGUUACAACGUGACCUUUGGGGAUGCCAUGAGGAAUAAAGCAAGACUUUCCGUUACAGGGAGUACUGGGGAGAAUGGUCGGGUGAUGACUCCAGAGUUUCCCAAAGCUGUCCACGCAGUCCCGUAUGUGAGACCUGACAUGGGGCUAAACGUCAGCCUGACAGAUCUAUCCUGAUCACUGAGAAACUCCUGAGUGCCUUACAAUGGUUUUAAUAGAGGGAUCGUUUUUGUUUGAUAUCCUCCCUCCUUUGAGUUCACUAUUUGUUUUUUUUGUCUUGAGAAAAAGUAAAGGUCUGGAUAGAGGUUUCUUUUUCUCUAUCAAAGACUUAUACUGCGCUCUCUAUCUACAUUUUCCAUGAAACGCUUUCUUUGAAGGGUUACAUUUAAUUUAAAAUAUAAAGAGGUGGCUUUUGUUUUCUAAACUUGUGAUAUCAUGCUUUUCUACCUGCUUGAACUGGACUGAGUCAGAAGCAAGGGCUUGAUUUACGGCUGCAGUUUGCCCCGCUGUGUUUGUGUACCUGUGUGGUGUGCAUGAGUGUGUGCAACAGAGAGUGUGUGUGUGUGUGUGGGUGUGUGUGUGUGUGAGAGAGUGAAAGGGGAAAAUAAAAAAUAAAAUAAAAACUGUUUCUGUAGUCCCCCACCACCAAACUGGAUUUUCAAGCACACUUUAUAUCAUCUCCAUUAAGCUGUGUAAUGGUGUUUUUUUUUGUUUCUCUAUUUGAUUGUUUUUGUUUGGUUUUUUUUUUUGUUCUUUUUGUAAGAAAAGAAAAAAAAAAAGAGAAAAAAAUGUUUUUAUGUAUUUUCACAGAAUAGCUUUUAAAGAAACCUGGGAUCAUACUGGUUGGAUAUAACCACUUAACAUGUGAGUUCAGAGAAAGUAAAAAGUACUUAACAGCUUCUAGUUCCAUAUUUUGAAAGCCAAAUACAUUGAGAAAUAGAGAGUGAGAUCUUAAAGUCAUGUAAUUAAUUCUUAAUUUAAAAAAACUUUCCUGUAUAUUUUAUUCUGUAACAUUAGGUGUUGAUAUGAUCUUUAAGUCAAUGCUUGAUAUUUGGAAAUAAUCCUUCUUGGCUUUUUAUUGUUGGAGUUGCUGCAGCAAUUUACCUUCAUUCUUUGUCUCUGUUUGCUUCAGUGCUUUUGCUACUUGUGUUUUUUUCUGAUGAGGACAACGGUUACCACUCUGUUUUUCAAGAAAAAAACUAAUGUGUUUACAUGCCAUGAAUGGAAACCACUGAACAGUAUGUUAGAGCAUUUUAGCAUUACAUUUGGAAUAUAAAUCAUGAGGCAUCCACAUUCAUAUGGCUUAGAUGAUGGUUCAAAAUGCCAAAUAAGUCAGAGUGCCAAAUUCUAGUGCCAGUAGAAAUAACAUAGUUUUAUUAUAACAAAUAACUGUCAUCUCAGUGAAUGUAAAUGACUCUGAUACAUUCUACAGUAUAACUUUUGUGUACAGUUGAUGGCAAUGACAAUGCUAAUAACAAUAGCCUUUUCGCUUUGCUUUCUUGUCUCCAUAUAUUUUGCAUUGAGCUGACAAUGAAGUAGCACCAGUUGCAUGUUGUUGCCGCAUAUACUACAUAUGUUUGUUUCAUUACUGCCAAGCAUCCGUUUUCAUUUUAAUGCUAUGAUUGUGAGGUUAACUGUUUGAAAUUGGAACUAUAAUGUAAGACAUACAGUAUAUAUAUAAAUAUAUAUAUAGAUAUAUAGAUAUACACAAAAUAUAUAUGCAUAAAACAUAUAUUUUAUAUAAAAUGUUAAAACAUUCAAAUAUUAUACCCUGUUACAAAAGCUACUCUACUUCCAUGAAAUGUUAAAUUAAUGGUUAGUAUUAUCAAAAAUGUUUUAUUUCUUUUUACAUUCUGUUUUGCACAAUUUUUAAGAUGAGCACAUUUCUCUUUAAUUCUCUAUUCAAAAUUCAACCUAAACUGUACUUUUUUUAAUGUGGUUUCUUGAAAUCAACAUUUGACUCAUAAACCAUAGUUGCUAAUCAGUUUGUUACAUAUUCAGGCUUAUCACUGACAUUUUGUAUAUGGAAUGUGUGCUAACUUCUUUAUUUUUUGGAACUAUUUCUAAAUAAAAGUUGCUGAUUUCUUGUUA